UGUAGCUAGGUGGACAUAGCGCCUUGACCCAACAUCCCAAACAAAGAAAACGGGUUAAAUUAGUUUAUGGUGUAUAAAAACUGAACUUUUUUUAUUGGAAAAUGUUUUCCAAGAAGCUUAGUAGAGUUUAUCGACGCAAUACGUUAUGAGCUGACUUUUUACGAGACUCUCAUAUGCACCUGAAGGCAGCAUGCCAGAACCUUUGUGGUUGCUAAGGAAGUGCGUCCUCGGUUACUACGGAGGAGGAAUUGUACACAAACGAACUCGAAAUACGUUUUUUUCUUUGCGUCGUCAACGAAGCCCGAUGUUUCGUGGACACUCGUUACCAUGUGGAUUCGAUUUUUUUCUCUACACAUUUAUUUUUCUCUUGAAAACGGAUGAACGAGUUUAACAUUUAGCGGUGUGGCUAACGUUAGCUAAAGGGGACACCGCUCAGAGCUGGAACUUCUGUUCGGUGUCACCACAACGUCCGAAGCUUGGAAGGAUGCAAGCUUACCGGGAAAACUUUUCCUACUUUUCAAAGUACAGGUUGGGAAAUGAAAGAAAUCUGGAAAAUGAGAGGCAACUUUUGGUUCAGGAGCAGAAGUUAUGCAAAGUCAGAGCUCGCAGGUUUUCCCUGGAAACCAAACGACGUAGAAAGGCUUUGGAUGAAAGACGGAAUCAGGUGAAGGUUGAAGAGCAACGUGUGAGAGAGAAGAUCCUGCAGCAGCGUAAACAGCAAGUACAAGAUGCCACGGAGCGCUUCCAAAGAGCCCAUCUGCCUCCAUCGCAGAGAUACAGGAAACCUCUUAGAAGAAAUCUUCCAAAUAUUGAAGAUGCACUCAGUCAGAUCCAAGGAACCUUUGGUUCACACACCCAGCAGUCGUCUCUGUUGUCCAACACCACAAACAUUAGCAGAACCUGCACUCCAUCACCUAAGCCUCCCAUUGUUUCUAAAUCUUCCCACCGCCAAGCCCUUUCUACUGUGGAGGCCUACGCCGAACUGCUGCAAGAGGUGUCCAGUAUAGAAACGCUUCAGCAUGACAGCCUGCAGGGCAGCCAUGGCUCUGAUUGCUGCCAUUCCGACAGCCUUUCAAGUAAAGACAGCUUGGAGAACGAAGACGUAGAUCAAGGCCCAUCGGAUCCUCAGUGCUCCGACUUUUCACUUCCGCUUGACUUCAGGAAGACCAAUUCAGAACAAAAUGAUUUGUGUCCAACUUCAGCUUCCUUCUCAGCAAUGAUGCUUCUUGAUGAAAAUUCUGCCCAACUACCAAAACUACAUGAACCUACGCAGGAAAAACAAGCUGCCUCUGAUUGGACCAGUGAGGACACCAGUAUUCCUAAAGCUUCUUGGGAAUUCACUUCUAAUGAGGAACAAACUACAACAGAGAACAAGCCUACCCCACAUAACAGCGACUUACUAACUCAUUGUAAACUUCCCAAUGAAGAUCCCAAGCACUUUGAGUUAAAAUACUCUGAAAAAACUCACAAUAAUAGAGAUGAUCCUAGUGACACAGUCCAGUCCUCAUUUCCCAAACAAAAGGCUGUCUUUAUUCUAAAAGAGCAGGACGUUUAUGAUGACAAUCGAUUGAAACACCAGUCAGCCACAAAUAUGUCUGAAACUUCUAAAAAUGGCAAGGACAUUUUGUUUUGGACUCCCCAAACAAAAAGCACAGCAGAUAAUUUCAUCGGAGCUUUCAUGCAAACAGAAAAAGAAGCCUACUACCUGUCGUCUCAAAAAGAGCCAUGUGCUAACAUGAAUAAUCUCAAUAAGGUUUUAAAUUCAGAGCUCAAAGCUGAGAAAGCUAUAAAUACAGCAUCACUGCAAAAUGCUAGUUUGUCCAAUAUUCAUUCAGAAACACGAGAGUGUUCUGAAUGUCCUCAGGAGGAAAACGGACAUAAGCCUUCUCCAGAGGUCUCGUCUCAUCCAGUAAGCAAAGUCAGAUUUAUUAAGGGAAUCCUUAAAAAACAGACCAAAUACAUGUCGCCAUAUGGCUCAUGUAGAUAUGGCCCUGAGAAUUUUACUUUUGCAAAACGUGUAGCAUUAGCAAUAAGAGAUAGUGUUGAAAUAACAAGAGCAAGAGCCAAAGAAGUGGAGAUCAACAACGGUAUAAAAAAGAAGCUGCGCUGGUUUGAUGAGGUCCAUACGAGAAAAGACCACCAGCCAAGACUCACUACAGAGUCAGCGUCUGACAAGUCUGAACCCAGUCUGACCCCGGCUGCCUCUGCUGGAUAUCACUUUACCAAAGAAGCGUGGGCAGAUGUUGGAGUUCAAGUCAACUUGCCCCUGGAACAAGAACACGAGGUCAAGGUGGCACAUAGCAGCACCAAGACCAAUGGCUCAAAAGUCCCUCAGCGAGAUCGCUCCGCCAGAGUUGGACAGGGUCCUGUUCCCUCGUGGACAAGAAAGGGCACUGUCAUACGACCUCAAUCUGCCACCGAGGUGAAUCAGAUUGCCAAAACCCAAGGGAUGGUCAUGGUGCCCCGCCCACCUCCCAGGACAGAGUCCGUGGAAGAAAAAAUGCACAUCAAUAGCACUCCAUAUGGCAUGAACUGUAAACAGGCCCGGGCUGUAGAGGAGGGCCUGUCCAGGAACAACUCAGUGAGAAUUUUCUCACCUCCCAAACGUGUAAUCAAAACAGACUGUGCUGUUAUGUACACACCUCAACCGCACUUGUGCACAUGCCCCCUUUCAGAGGGUGACACGAAGAGCAUGCCCAUGUCAGGUCAUCAGGAGUCUCACAACAAGACAGGAAGAGAAAAUGGCAACGCACUGGAAAUCACUCCCACAGAUGAUGAGAUUUCACAGCUGUGGCACGGUGUCCGUAGCGCCUUACACACAAAGGAUGGUAAAAAACAUGCUCAGGAGAGCAGACAGGGCUCAAGGAAACCUGGCACUGACCAGAGCAGACAGCCUCCGGGGUCAGGAAGCAGGAGACUUCUUCGGAUGUCUCGGCCUACAAGACAAAAUUCUGGGCAAAAAGCAGUUUCAAGUACUUGUAGCACAAAUUUAAAUGAAGGUUUUGAGACUACAGCUCAGUUCUACCUGGCUGAAGGCCUUCUGAGUGAGAAUCAAACUGUGGGCGUUACGGAGACGCUGAGGCCUGGAACCGUGCUGCAACAGCAGGGGCUCGCCCCUAUUUCCUCAGAGGAGAAGAAAAUCCUUCUCUCUCUUGACAAACUCAACCACCAGCUUUACCAUUUGCAAGGACACGUGUAAAUCUGGCACACAUGUGACUGCAGGGACCAAAUCGCCCUUUGUGAGAAAAAAUAAGUAAUUUUGUGCUUAAAUAAACAAAAUAGAUGUUCA